AUGGCUGGCCGAGUGGAAUAUAACAUCAUCAGCACUCCCCCGACUCUUGAACAUACUCCACAAAAUCCACGACAGGGUCGAAAGUCGACCGCACCUGGGGAAACCACCCUCCCUAGAUCCAGAUCUGAGAGGAUACCCGGCCAGCAGCUUGCCGACGCUGCCACCACCAUUCCAACGACGUCCCCCGAAACCCUAGAAGAAACCAAGCCGAGCCGGUGGCGGCGGGAGGAGGAGAGGAUCUUGAACAGUCUAAACUUAGCGGUGGAUACAGAGCAGAGUCUGGGACCACCGAUCAAAUACCCCAAAACUGUCACCGGUGGCAAAGUUUGUAAUUCUGUCAAACUUUCCAUCGUCGCGUCGCCGAGCCCAACACCUUCAAAAUUCCCCUUCCUUUCACCUUCCUCGGAUCCCCUCACCUGCCUGAUCCAAAUUCCCACCAUCUUCUCCUUCUCCGCCGCCGCCGCCGCCGCCAUGUCCUUCGCCCCCGGCCCAGCCAGGCACCAGCCUCAGCCCUACCACCUCGACCCUCCUCCCCACCACCACCCGCGCCGCCGCCGCCGGGAGGACGACGAGCCGUACCACCCCUACCCCCACGCCCACCCCCAGCCACACCCCUACACCAACGCCGCCACCAUCCCCUACCCCCACGCCCGCGACCCGCUCGCGCCCUCCCGCCACCUCCACGACCUAGCCUCCGCCCCGCCGCCGCCAAAGCGGGCCCGCCGCGCGCCCGAUCCACCCCCCGUGGCCGCGCCGCCGCCGCCAAAGCAGCCCGAGGACGCCGCGCUGCUGUCGCGGGACGAGAUCGAGCGGCGCUCGCCCUCGCGCAGGGACGGGAUCGACCCGGCCUCCGAGGCCCGGCUGCGCGCCUCCUACUGCGCCUACCUGCGCUGCCUCGGCUUCCGCCUCGGCCUGCCGCAGAUGACGGUCGCCACGGCCGCGGUGUAUUGCCACCGGUUCUUUUUCCGCAGAUCGCACGCCUGCCAUGACAGAUUUUUGGUUGCGACUGCAGCAUUGUUUCUGGCGUCAAAGACAGAGGAAUCAACAUGCCUUUUGAAUACUGUUCUUAGGGCUUCAUGUGAAGUUUCUCAAAACCAAGAAUUCAAUCUACUUCCUUACAUGAUGCGUGGCCAAAACUGGUUUCAGCUUUACCGAGAAAGUGUAAUACAGGCGGAGCAAAUGAUACUUACAACACUUGAUUUUGAACUUGAAGUGGCCCAUCCAUAUGCUUCACUUUCAUCCGCUUUAAGCAAACUAGGACUUUCACAUUCCACUCUAUAUGAUGUGGCUUGGAGUCUCAUUAAUGAAGGGCUUCGGAGUUCUCUCUGGCUUCAGUUCAAACCUCAUCAUAUUGCUGCUGGAGCUGCAUUCCUUGCUGGAAAGUUCCUCCGCUAUGACAUUACCUUUCACCAAAAUUUCUGGCAUGAGUUCAAAACGGCACCACCCAUUGUCCAAGAUGUUGUCCAGCAGUUGAAGGAGCUACUUUAGGAGAUUCCGUAUGUUUGUUUCUGUAUACAAACACAUGGUUUUGUGACCAUUGUUACAAAUAUGUAUACCUUGACAUGUGGGCAAUACGUCUCGAACUUCUGGAUAUCAUUAGUAGUUUGAGAAUAUACUCGUUCUUUUUCAUUUAUAUUCUACAAUCAAAGAGUGUUGCCAUGUACCAAAAGGAUAAAAGUUCUAUCCAAAGUUUUUAUCACUUAUUCU